AUGGCGACCAAAGCAGCUUUCAAGCGGCUCACUCGGGAGUAUCAAAACAUCCAAAAGAACCCACCGCCAUUUAUUAUCGCUCAUCCGUCUGAGACAAACAUUCUCGAAUGGCACUAUAUCUUGACCGGCCCCCCUGGUACCCCAUAUGAGAAUGGACAAUACUGGGGUACCCUGAUGUUCCCUCCCGAGUAUCCGUUUGCCCCCCCGGCCAUCCGCAUGCACACUCCUAGCGGCCGGUUCCAACCGUCCACACGACUCUGCCUGAGCAUCAGCGACUUCCACCCGAAAUCCUUCAACCCUGCAUGGGAAGUGUCGACCAUCCUGAUCGGACUCCUUUCUUUCAUGACCAGUGAAGAGAUGACCACCGGCAGUGUCAGCGCCUCCGAAAGUGAGCGCAGAGUGCUUGCGGCUCGAUCGCGGUGGUGGAACUCCACGGGUGGCGGCUCGCACGCCAGCGCCACUCCGGGUGUGACGAAGACGUCCAAAGGAAUCAAUAAUGUCAAGGCGGGAGAUGGCGGCUUGAAGUUCCGCACGGAAUGGCCUGAACUGGAUCAGGAGAACUGGGCUUGGAUGAAGGAGCACCGAAUCGACACCAACACCGGCCAGAUCCUCCCCGACCCCAACGCCCCCGCCAAGUGCUCCCCAGAGACCAGUGCACUCCGCCGACGGCCUAACGGCAGUGCUCCAGGCAUUGGCGCCAUGAUGGAAGGUGGGCAUGUGGCUCGGGAGGCCGGACAGGGCUGGGCUCGACGGAACCGACUGUGGAUCGGGCUGGCUGUGCUGUUCGGCUAUGCGCUGCUGUCACGGCUUAUUCGCAAGAUUCGCAAGAUUCGUCAGAUCUCAUGUCCUAUCGUCUACUCUGCUCUCACCGGCGAUAUUGUGGCGAUUGGCCACGGCGGGCCGUUACACCGGCCAUCACCGGAUCGGCCCAUUGGGGCGCUCAAUCGGGCUGGUGCUCGCCCCGCAUUGUCAACCUUCGCAUCGGGUGCUCGACCUUCCCAUUCAGAUGCACCCUCGACGUCCGCAGCGCCGCUGGAUCGGCCAUCAUUCACCUUCAUUGAUCACCACGAUGAUUUGACAUCCAAGAGAAUCAAGGAUGUCAAUGCCCGCAAGGCCAUCCGCUCUCAUGUCAUGCGCGACGUGCGCCGUCGUGAGAGGCUGGCUGGGCUGAAGCGAACGUCCAGGCGCGACAACCGGGACCGGGGUCAGCUGGCGACCGCGAAAUCCCAAUGUAAAGCGGUCGAAGAGCCAGAAGGGCGAACGUUGGUUCUCCGAGCAGCUUCCCACUCGUCCGCUUCUUCGUCUACCGUUGACAGCGAAUCUGGCGACGGUUUUGUGUCUUCCAAGCAGCGACAAGGCCGGCCGGCGAGAUGGAGUGCGGGUUACCCAUGUGUAUCCCAACUGAGUCCCAACCCGCGGUCUCUACCCAAUUCUUGGUUCCUCGAUCCCUUUUGUUCGCUGCCGGGGACCAGUGAGCUCCCUUCGAUGGUUGCACAUCUUGUAUACUACUGGAAAUCUGUCUUUAUACCGAUUACCUUUCCCGGUGAGCUCAAGGGUCAAGAGACCCAAGAGGUAGAAUUGAUGGUGCGGUCUUCUUUUUCAGAUCCUGGCAGCUUCUUCGGUCUGAUGAGCAUGUGUGCGGCACAUCGGGCCAUUCUUUCAGUCGAUCGCUUUGAUGUCUUGAACUCCAGUCGCUCGGUCGCCACUGACCCUGAUUACUGUAUCAUGAAAGCAAAAACCAUUCGAGAAAUGAAUGCCAAGAUGCGCGACCCUAAACGAUCGCUGAGCGAUGAAGCAUUUGACACCAUCGUGAAUCUCCUCUCUGGUUCGCUAAUUGCCGGGUUGUUUGAUGAAGCUCGAAUCCACUUGACUGGUCUCAGACGCAUGGUAGAGCUACGCGGUGGGAUUACAGAUGAGAGCAUCCGCUCCGCUUCGAUGUGGUUUGCGAUAAUCAUGACUGAUGUCAAAGCCGCUUCUGGCCUGCUGGUCAAGCCAGUCUUCCCUCUCACUUGGGAUGCUCAGCCAGUGCCUCCGGCUAUCCAGCAGCGAGUCCAGCCGCCCGCUUCCUCGCUAGCUCACCAACUUGGCUCCGGGUUUUUCUCCAACAUGUUGCUGAGCUCCCAACUGAUCCGCAUCAUGCAUAUGAUACUGGAUGUCAUUUAUUACGGUAUCGCUGUGCAAUCAAAUCCUGAGGCCAUCCAGCCGACAGACCACCGUUUAUUCCGAGUGCUCAACUGCGAAGCAGAACAUCAGCUGCUAAGUUAUAUAUAUCCCGAAAAUUGCGGACCUGCCAACACCUCCCAGCUCAUCCUGAACAUUCACCCCAUCGAAGCAGUGACGCGUGUGGCUUCUAUUCGCUUUCUCAACAACUUUUUAAUCGUCUCUCCCCCUUCAUCAGGUCUCGGCCGGGCCAUCACGAAACACCUUGUCUCUGCCGUAAACGGCUGCCCGCUUUCUCUUCUUCUCACCAUGCCGAAAGAAAAUUGUGCUCUAUUUGCCUGGGCCAUGUUUAUUGGGGCGCACGGAUCAUCCGGCCGGCCCGAGAGACCCUGGUUUGUGGAGCGGCUAGCCCGCGUCGCAAUGAUUUGUGGAUGGCAAAACUGGGAGCAGGUCUCAAGGAUUCUGUCUGAUUACUUUUUUAUACCGGCUAUCCAUGGCACGGAUUGGAAAUCUAUCUGGGAUGAAACUAUGGCAGGGUUUGUAAUCCCGGCAGAUGAAUCGUGA